UUUAAAACACUCUCUCUCUCUCUCUCUCUCUGCUUCCCCGAAGCAUCAAAGCGAGUCCUUAUCUUCAAGCUUAGUAUCUAAAUCUUCUCCGUUCAAAAAGGUACUGAUAACUGUCAAUUUUCAUUGAAUUUGGCUGCCCCAUCGGUCCCUGAAUUCCGCUAUGUAGCUUGAAAGCUUCAGUUCCACUGUUCAGUUGAUUGGGAGCCUGAGUCGAAUUGAGCUAAAUGGCGGCAACUCAGCUCACUGCACCGUCAAUAUCAGCUAGGAAUCUGCCCUCCUUUGAAGGGUUUAGGCCUUCGACUGUGAAGUUUGCUUCAGUGGGACCACUGAAUGUGGGGUCCCUGUCCCGGAGGUCGUUCCGAGGGCUCGUUGUAAAAGCAGCCACUGUGGUUGCUCCGAAGUAUACUUCAAUCACACCACUGGGUGACAGGGUUCUGGUAAAGAUCAAAACUGUGGAGGAGAAGACACAGGGUGGUAUUUUGCUCCCAACGACUGCUCAAACGAAGCCUCAAGGAGGAGAAGUUGUUGCAAUUGGAGAGGGCAAGAAGUUAGGAAACACAAAAGUUGACAUCAGUGUGAAGACUGGAACCCCAGUUGUGUAUUCCAAGUAUGCUGGGACUGAGUUGGCAUUCAAUGGUUCAAGUCAUAUUAUCUUGAAGGAGGAUGAUCUUCUUGGUACUCUAGAGACUGAUGAUAUCAAAGAUCUCAAGCCCUUGAAUGAUAGAGUUCUAAUUAAGAUAGCUGUGGCUGAGGAAAAAACUGCUGGAGGAUUGUUGCUUACUGAAGCAAGCAAGGAGAAACCUUCAAUUGGCACGAUUAUCGCAGUCGGUCCAGGCUCUCUCGAUCAAGAAGGGAAAAGGACUCCGUUGCCAGUCUCCUCCGGUGACUCUGUGAUGUACUCCAAGUAUGCUGGUACUGACUUAAAGGGAAGUGAGGGUUCUGACUAUAUUGUCCUGAGGGUUUCUGAUGUAAUUGCAGUGCUCUCCUAAUUUGCCUCUUGUCUACAAUUAGAGAAUGUACCAGGAAAAUUCUUGAAACUGGAUCUUUGAUCUAUUUCAGUUUUGAUGAUGAAUUGCAAGAAAACAUUGGAACAAUUAGACAAGGUCAUGGGUUUGAAUACGACUGGAAACAAGCACACACGUGUUUAUGAGCA